UUCCCGGCGCAAUUCCACACCCAACUGAAGUACCACAGACAUCCCAGCACUUCAGCAACAGCGCAAGCGGAACUCAUUCAAAAUGGCGGGCCUCGAGCAUUACAAGCUGGCCCAGGACCCGGCGUUCGUUCGCCUGUCCAACAUGACCAGCAACCGCUACAAGUACUUCCGUUGGACGCCCCGCACCGCUAGGAUUACUUUCGCCUACGCGAUCGUCGUUCCCGCUAUUGUUGGGUAUAUCGCUUACAAGACCGAUGGCAAGUACGACUUCCGCGCUAAGCGGAGAGGUGACGACAUGCGCGAGUUUUAAAGAGAUGGGGCAUUAGAGGAAUCAAGGGAGUUCGUUGUGAGCAUGUGUACAUGUGGUAGACUGGCCGCCGCUCAUAGAAGAGUCUGAGGGGAACACAGAACCCGGGGAUGCUGGGCCCAUGAAAACAUAUUAUUAGAAUCACUCUCCUGGAUUGCUUGAGUUCCUGCGCGCAU